CGUUUUCGUUCAGCAAGGUGCAAUAAAUGCACCUUUCCCUCGGAAUCUUUCCGCCAACGUGAAAGCCUUCGAAACGCAGUUGUAUUCUAUACGCAUUCAUCGAUCGAACGUGAAUAAAUCAGUAUCUCUUGUUUUGCGUGUAUCUUUCAAAUUAAAAAACAGCAGUUUCUUUUGUUACAUUGUAUAAUAUACCGAAUAUUGUAGACAUAUUUUAAAAAUUAAGUGACCAUUAUGUUCCAGUAUUAUUUUCUGUUUAGUCAACAUUUUGCAACAAGAAAAAGACAUUUCAUGUAUGAAUUCAUAAGUAUCAGCACAUAAAAAGUUACAAAUAAAAUUUACAUAGUACUUUCAACAAGUUUCUUCAACAUGGAUAUAUUUUAGAUUUUUAAUUUCCUGUAGUUAAUAUGUAUACAAGUAUGUGUUUGUGUAUAAUAUGUGAUUUUUUUAAACAAAAUAUCUAAGCAUAAGUAUUAUAAUGACAAGUAUUUCAAGAUACCCUGGAUAUCAUAAUAGUAUAAGUCAAGACUAUUUAACAGAUGGAAAUGAAAGUCAUUGUGCUCCAUCAGAUCGUACUAUAUCUGAAUAUAUUGUAUCCAAUGAGCAUACUACAAUGGUAAAACCAAUGAAAAAGGAUCAUCCAGAAAGAUAUGAGAAAGAAAGAAGACAGUUGCAAAAUAUACCGAAUAGUCGUGGUUCAGUAUUAUCUGGAUCUUCAAGACAUAGUCUUCAUCCUCUCAAUAAAAGUACUUCACACGGUAGUAUAUGUGACAAUGGUUCAGAUAUAUAUGUUACAAGCGCUGCAUACAGAACAACUUCAGACAUAAGCCACAUGUCACCUCACAGUUUAACUCCAAGUUCAAGAUUGGGUCAUCGAGCAGCUAGUCAUUGUAGUUAUGGUUCUGCAAAAUCAGUAAAAUCUCAUACGUCUAAAAAAAAUGGUAUAAUUAUAGAAACUAUGUCAACGCCUAACCCUUUUUGUCCAAACACCAAGGGGGUUUGCUGCCUUAUGUUACUGAUCAAUCUUGGUUUAAUUCUUGUCGCGUUAGGAUUUGUUAUAGUCAUUCAAUUUUUUCAACCAUUAAUAGUUUGGAUUUUGGGAAUAGUGUUUCUGGUAUUUGGAUUUUUAACUUUAGUAGGGAGUCUUGUAUACUGUGUACAUGUAUUUCGAAAUGCAAAGCAUCCACAUGAUAUUAAUCCAGAAGAUCUUUACUGGACAAGAUAUUGGCAAGGACACGUAGGUUCAACACCAGAAGUAUAUUAUAAAGCAGAAGAUAAAUAUCACGAUGAUGGAUAUAGCGAUCGUUUGAGCAAGUAUUCUAGUAAAUAUUACGACCGUCAAAAAUAUUAAAACUAAUAACGUGUAUUUAAUGCAAUAUUCAGGGUGUUUAAAUUAUCUACCUAACUUUUGUACAAAUUAAUUUCAAAGUAAAAAA